AGAGGUGCGGGGACGAGCCCAGGGGCGUGCAGCACGGAAACAGUGCAGGGGCAGCCGGCGGAACCCCCACCAGAGCAGGGAGCAGCAUGCAGAGCCAGCCAGGCUCCUCACAGUUCCGGAUGAAGCUCCUCCUGGAUGAUGGGAUGAUCCUUAAUCCUGUGAGGGGGAGAAUGAGCAGUACCCAGGAGCACCUGGAUAGGGUUUUGACUGGGAGCAUGGAGAGCAUGGAGAGUGUCAGUGAGGAACCCGGCAUGGAGCUGGCUUUUUGCACUGGAGACAACGAUGGGAUUGAGGAAGAUGGAGAAACCCCAGAGGAGCUGCCGAGUUUUCCCAGUGAGCUCUCAGUGCUGGAGAAAUUGGGACUGCACAGCACAAAUUUGACGGAGCAGGAUGUGGAGGCAGCCUUUGCCCACCUCGCCCUGGCGUUUCGCUGCGACAUGUUCACCCUGCAGCAACGAGUGCAGGUGGAGAAGCGAGCACAAGAUGCAGCAGAGGAAAACAUCCAGGAGGAGCUGGGGCAGUGCCGGACUUUUCUGGAGAGGCUGACUGCAUCCUGCAUGGAUGUGAGCUGCAAGGAGAUGCUGGAGCAGCUGCAGUGCAGCCUGGCUGUGCUGGCAGCUGCCAUCAAGCGUGCCACCAGUGCUGCAGAGAAGCUGGGAGCUGUUCACCAGGAGGCACGGAUGAGCCGAGCGGCGGAGGUGAUGGUCCAGCACGUGGAGAACCUGAAGCGGCACCACCUGCGUGAGCACGCUGAGCUGGAGGAAAUGAAGUGCCUGAUCCAGCAGAACUCCCGCAACCGGCAGUUGGCAGAGACCCAGGGUGAGGUGGUCUCACUCCUGAGGGGGGACCAGAGCAGCCGUUACUCCACGGAGCUGCGGGACUUCAAGAACCAGGUGCUGGGCAUGCUGGAGACGGCGGAGAAGGAACGCGAGGCUCUGCGGACCGAGGCGGAGAGCGCGGCGGCGCGGGUGGACCGCCUGGAGCGAGAGGUGGAUUACCUGGAAACGCAGAACCCCGCACCGCCCUGCGUGGAGGUGGACGAAGUGCUGACGGAGAAGCAGGCGGCCGCGGGCAAGCAGAGGAAGAACGAGAAGUACAGCAAAGUGACGGACUGCAGUGACACCAUUGCAAGUGUCAGAGCCAUGAAGAUCCUGAAGCGCUUUGGCGGCUCCGUGGGGCUCUGGACCAAGGAUGCUGCAGGGAACUCUGAGAAGAUUUACGUCUUCGAUGGCACCGCCAACGACACGGUGUACGUCUUCCCCCGCAUGAGGGAGUUCACGCUCUUCUCGGCCACGCGCCGUGCAGCCCGCAUCAAGCUGCCCUACCCCUGGGUGGGCACCGGGCACCUGGUCUACGGCGGGUACCUCUACUACAUCCGCCAGCAGGGCCCCUUCCAGGUGAUCAAGUUCGACCUGACCAAUAAGACGGUGGUGGACAGCUCGGUGUUCCCGGCCGAGGAGCAGAUCCCCGUCUUCGGGCUCUCCCCCUUCACCUACAUUGAGCUGGCGGCAGAUGAAGAGGGGCUCUGGGCCAUCUACGCCACCAAGGAGGACGAGAAGAACAUCUGCCUGGCCAAGCUGGACCCCGACUCGCUGGACAUCGAGCAGAUGUGGGACACGCCGUGCCCGCGGGAGAACGCCGAGGGCGCCUUCGUGGUGUGCGGGGCUCUGCACGUGGCCUACAACACCCGCCUGCCCAGCCGCUCCCGCGUGCAGUGCGUCUUCGACGUCAGUGGGACGCUGCCCCCCGAGGAGGCUUCCCUCGUGUACUUCCCCAAACGCUACGGCUCCCAUUCCAGCAUGAAGUACAGCCCCCGCGAGAGGCAGAUCUACGCCUGGGACGACGGCUACCAGAUCAUCUACCGCAUGGAGAUGAAGAAGAAGCUGGAGGUCUGAAGGGCCCCUGCCAAAGCCUGGACUGAUGAAAUGAGGUUUUCUACUCUGUGAUGCAAUGAAUAAAUGCUAUGCAGCACGCUGCAGCCGCCUGCUUGGGGGGAGUGCGGGGCGCUGGGGGCUGCAGCAGUGAGCUCUAUGCUGCCGUGA